AUGAAAAAUACCACUAGUGUAAAUUUUUAUACCACGGAGGAAGCAGAAGAAAAUAUUGUAAAAAUUCACAGCCAGGAGUGCACCGAUUUGUCCGAAAUUUUUAAACAGUGGCGUAAGACAUUUGUACAAAAUAGCAGCGUAGAAGAUUUUUUAACUGAAAAUGUAGAAUUUGUAAAAGAGAGACGGUUCGAAUCGAAUCCUAGGGAGCACGAAGUCAGUUAUAUUUUAGAUUUUUGCGAUGAUUUUUCAUCCGUAAAUACUAACCGCAGACUUGUCAGAAAUUUAAAAUCGAUUAGUUACGAAUCUAAUCCAUUAGUAAGAUCCAAUCCAUUAGUAAAAUCUCCAUUAGUAAGAUCCAAUCGUAGGAAAUCGAAGAGGGCCCGAAGAUCGUCGAAUUUGUUUUUCCGCGGCAAGAAGAGAAGACCGAAUCGAACGACCAGCAGGGAUUUUCGUAGUAACGGGACAUUUUUAUUGACGAGAUUGCUGGCGCUGCCAUAUUCGAGCACUUUAGUGAACCGAAAUGUCGAUCUUCGACAAAUUCUGCGACUACCAGUCACAAAAGUAGGUUUCGUUAAGAAAAGAAGAAAACGAAGUGUGGAAACGACUGAGGAAGUAUGGAAAGAAGUAACGGCGUAUAUGGGUGGACUUCAUGCGCUCACGACGCCAUUUGUAGAGUCCCAGUUGACGUAUAACACAGAACAUCAGAGUGAAAUAGAUAUUUUGCAAACGACGUUGAGUUGGUUAGAGAGAAAUACUGUGAGCGAGGAUGCGGAAACAGAAAUGUUUCAUAAUGAGGAAUACGAGGAAGAUUAUAAGGAAGAAUAUGAUUAUGGAGAUGAGGAGUCUACUCUAGAGUCUCUCUCGUGGAGUGACUAUUUGGUUCAAGUGACUACAACAGAAGAAACAACAACAAAAAGAGAAAUAACUACGACAGAAAGAAUAACUACAACAGAAGAAAUAAUUAUAACGCCAGUAAUAACUACUACAGAAGAAAUAACGACGACGAGAGAAAUUACUACAACAGAAAAAAUUACUACAAUGCCACUAAUAACUACGACGGAAGAAAUGACUACAACAACAGUAAUAACUACGACCAAAGAAUUAACUACAACACCACUAAUAACUACAACAGAAGAAAUGACUACAACACCAGUCAUUACUACAACAGAAAAAAUACCAACAACACAAGAAAUGACCACAACACCUGUCACAACUACAACGCCAAUAACAACUAUAACAGAAGAAAUGACUACAACAGCGGCCGUAACUACAACAAAAGAGAGAACUACAACACCACCAAUAACUACAACAGAAGAAAUGACUACAACAGAGGAAGCGACUACAACACCAGUCAUUACUACAACGACAACGAUAACUACAACAGCAGUCACAACUACAACACCAACGAUAACUACGACUGAGGAGGCAAGUACAACGCCAUUAAUAACUACAACAGAAGAACUGACAACAACAGAAGAAAUAAAAACAACAGAAGAAGCGACUACAACAACAGUCAUUACUACAACAGAAAGAAUACCCACAACACACGAAGUGACCACAACACCAGUUGUAACUACAACACUAGUGAUAACAACGACUGAGGAGACAAGUACAACGCCCGUAAUAACUACUGCAGAAGAAAUGACUACAACAGAGGAAAUAACAACAACGGAGGAAGUGACUACAACACCAGCCAUUACUACAACAGAAAGAAUAACUACGACGGAAAGAGUAACGACAACUCCAGUAAUAACUACAACCGAAGAAACGACGACAACACAUGUGCUAACUACAACUGAAGAAGUAACUACAACGCCAGUAAUAACAACAACGCAGGUUGUGAUUACAACACCAAUCGUCACUACAACAGAAACAGUAACUACAACGCCAGAAAUAACUACGACAGAAGUAGUAACUACAACCCCAGUAAUAACUACAACAGAAAAAUUAACAACAACAGAAGAAAUAACCACAACAGAAGAAACAACUACAACAGAAAGUAUACCUACAACAGAAGAAACUACCACACCUCCAGUUAUAACUACAACACCAAUGAUAACUACAACUGUAGAAAUGACUACAACACCAGUCGCAACUACAACAUCAGUGGUGACUACGACUGAAGAGACAAGUACAACACCCGUAAUAACUACUACAGAAGAAAUGACUACUACAGAGGAAAUAACAACUACGGAGGAAGUGACUACAACAGAAAGAAUAACCACGACGGAAAGAGUAACUACAACACUAGUAAUAACUACAACCGAAGAAACGACGACAACACAUGUGAUAACGACAACUGAAGAAGUAACUACAACGCCAGUAAUAACAACAACAGAAAGAAUAACUACAACCGAAGAAACGACGACAACACCUGUGAUAACUACAACUGAAGAAGUUACUACAACAAUGACUACAACAGAAGAAAUGAUUGCAACUGCAUCACCUACAAUAACGACUGUACCAUCAACAACUGCAAUACCAGAAACUACUACUGAGGAAACAACUACUUUAAUUACAACAGAAGUUAUACUACCUACAACAGUCACAGUACCUAUAACAACAAUGGUAACAACUAGUACUGAAGAAGUAACAACCACUAUUACAGAGGAAAGUACAACAUUAAUUACAACUACAAUACAAGAAACAACAGAGGAAUCUACAGUUGCAACAACGACAGAAGUUGCGGUGCCAACAACGACGACGUCAAUACCUACUACAACAGAAGUAGCAAUGACUACUAUGGCUACUACAACAACACAAAUAGCAACAACUACAAUAAGUACAACAACAGAAGUAAUGACGACUAUAACGGCUACAACAACAGAGUUCACAGAGGUUGUUACCACAACACUUACUGAAGUUCUGACUACUGAGUCUAUAACAACUACUGAACAACCAACAACUACAACAUUAAUGGCAACAACAACAGCUACCGUGGCUCAAACUACAGUGGAAGAAACAACUACGGCGUCAAUAACAAGUACUGAACAACCAACAACAAUGGCAACAACAACAGCUACCGUAGUUCGAACUACUGUGCCAGAAAUAACUACUGAGACAAUAACAACAACUGAAAGGACAACAACAGUUACGGUAGCUCCAACUACUGAGUCAGUAAUAACUACCGAACAGCCAACAACUACAACAACAAUAGCUACCAUAACUCCAACAACUGUGCCUGAAACAACUACCGAAAGAAUAACAACUACAACAACAGUUGCAGUAGCUACAACUACUGAACAGCCAACAACUACAACAAUAGCAACAACAACAUCUACCGUAACUCCAACUACUGAAUCAGUAACGAGUACUGAGCAGCCAACAACUACAACAACUGUCGCUACUGUAGAAACAACAACAGAAACAAUAACUACUGCUGUCGAAACAACUACAGAAACAACAACUACUGUCGGCGAAACAACUACAGAAGCAAUAACUACUACUGUCGAAACAACUACAGAAGCGGCGACUACUGCUAUAGAAACAACUACAGAAACAACAACUACUGUCGUGGAAACAACUAUUACAACAUCAGCUACUCCUACGGAAAGAACAACUACAAUGGCAGCCACUAUUGUUGUCGAAACAACUACAGAGGCAAUGACUACUACUGCAGAAACAACAACCACAGAAGCAACAACUACUGCCGUCGAAACAACAACUACAGAAGCAACUACUGUUGUAGAAACAACUACAAUAGCAGCUACAACUACUAAAAUAAUUAUGACGGCAUUAACAACAACUCCUACUACUACAUCCAUAACAACCACUGAAAUACCGACAACAAUCACUGAAACUCCUUCCACAACUACCACAGAAGAAAGUACAACAACAACGAUCAUAACAACAGCAAUAGGAGAGACUACUACUGAGACUACUUCUUCACCAACUACUACAGUCAAAAUAACUUCUACCACUGUUAGUACUGAACCAACAACUACAACAGCAGAAACAACAACAACUCUCACCACAAUUGUAGAAGCUCUAACUACGGUACCAAGAACCACUACAGAAGAAAGUACAACGGUUAUUGUAACGACAGAGGAAGAAACAACUGUGGAGACUAGUGUUCCAACGACUACAGUUACAACUCCAACAACAACCAGUGUCGUAGAAACAACAUCAGUACCAACCACAACUGAAACAAUUACAACAGAAUCGACAGCAGUUCUUAUGGUGACAUCUACAACAGCUCUGACCACGAUACCAACAACUACCACAGAGAGUACAACAACAAGAACAACAGAAGAAGAAACAACUACAGAAUUGACUAUUAUAACAACUACAGCUGCUACGAUAGCUCUAACUACACUGGAAUUAACUAGUACCGAGGAGCCUGAAACAACACCUACAACCACUGAGAUGAUAACAACGGAAACAACUGUAAUUACGAUCAUAACAACACAGGCUGCAACAACAACACCAACAAUUACCGAAGAAAGUACAAGUACAGUGCAGGAAACCACAGAACCUACUGUCUUCGAAACAACUAUGAUUACAGUAGCUCCUACUACAGAACCAGUAAGGAUUACUGAAGAAGAAACAACAACAGCAGCAACCACAACAGAAUUGAUUACAGCGCCUACGACUACAACAACGACUACAGAAUCACCAGUUACAGUUGUGGAAACUACUACUGUGGAAAUGACAGUCAUCACUACGACUGUAGAAGAAACAACAACAGAGCCUGCUGUUGUACCUACAACUAUAGCUACAGUAGCUACAACUACAAAGUCAAUAGAAACAACUACAGCGGAACCAACUACAACAACGGAAAUGACUACUACAGAAUCGACUACUGUCCUGACUACAACUUCGUCCAUAAUACCGGCAACAACAACAACACUGGAGAGCACUACUGAGUUAUUGGCAGCGACUACUGUAGAGACAGCAACAGCGAUAACAGGGACAACAACAGCAUCUACUGUAUCACCAAGUACUACAACUACAGUAACAACAACAAUGACAACAGAAAGCACCACUGAGAAAACAGAAACGACUAUUUUGGAGAUAACAUCCACAGAAGAAGCUGUGACAACGGAAUAUACCGUGGAAACACCAACCUCAGAGUCUACAACAAGAGUUACAGAAACAACGGCGAUUGAAGUACCAACAACAACAACUAUAAUGGAAACAACGAGUACUGCAGUACCAACAACGACAAGUAUUUUAGAAACGACCACCGAAAUACCAACAACAAGUAUUACAGAACCCACAACAGAAGUACCAACAACAAUAAGCAUUGCAGAAACAACAACUACAGAAGUACCAACAACAACAAGUAGUAUAGAAACAACGACUACUGCAGCACCAACAACGACAAGUAUUCUAGAAACGACUACUGAAAUACCAACAACAACAAGUAUUACAGAAACCACAACAGAGCAGCCAACAACAAUAAGCAUUGCAGAAACAACAACUACGGAAGUACCAACGACAACAAGUAGUAUAGAAACAACGACCGCUGCAGCACUAACAACGACAAGCAUUCUAGAAACGACUACUGAAACACCAACAACAACAAGUAUUACAGAAACCACAACAGAGCAGCCAACAACAAUAAGCAUUGCAGAAACAACAACUACGGAAGUACCAACGACAACAAGUAUUAUAGAAACAACGACCACUGCAGUACCAACAACGACAAGUAUUCUAGAAACGACUACUGAAACACCAACAACAACAAGUAUUACAGAAACCACAACAACCGAGCGACCAACAACAAUAAGCAUUGUAGAAACAACAACUACAGAAGUACCAACAACAACAAGCAUUGUAGAAACAGUAACUACAGAAGUGCCAACAACAACAAGUAUUAUAGAAACAACGACCACUGCAGUACCAACAACAACUACCGAAGUACCGACAACAACAAGCAUUAUAGAAACAAUAACUACCUUAGUACUAACAACAACAAGCAUUAUAGAAACGACAUCUACUGAAGUACCAACAACAACCAGUAUUGCGGAAACACCUAUUACUGAAAUACCAACAACAACAAGCAUUAUAGAAACCACGACUACUGAAGUACCAACAACAACAACAAGUGUUAUAGAAAUCACUACUGUAGAACUACCAGCAACAAGCAUUAUAGAAACAACAACUACUGAAGAAAGUGUAACAACCACGAUAAUAACAAUAUUCACUACCGAAGAAAUUACAAUACCAGUAACCACUAUUGAAGAAACCACAGUUACCCUAACAAUACCAACAAUAACUACUGAAGAAAGUACACCAACCACAAUAUUAUUAACUACUAUAGAAGAAACUACGAUUACUACCGAAGAAAGUGCAACUACUCCAACAAUAUUGAUAGCUACUGCCGAAGAAAGCACAACAUUUGCAAUAACAAGCGCCAUUACGGAAGAAACUACAACUACUCCGACAAUACUGACAGUUACUACUGAAGAAAGCACAACAUUAGCAACAACAAGCGCAAUUACAGAAGAAACUACAACUAUUCCGAUAAUAAUAACAACUACUACUGAAGAAACUACAGUUAUUCCGAUAACGCUAACAGCUAUAACUGAAGAAACUAUAGCUACAACAACCUCAACUAUUGAAGAAACUACGACUAUUCCAAUAAUACUGACAGCUGUUACUGAAGAGAGCACAACUUCUGCAACAAUAAUUGCUACUACUGAAGAAGCUACAACUAUCCCGACAAUAAUAACAACUACUACUGAAGAAACUACAACUAUUCCGAUAGUACUGACAGCUAUUACUGAAGAAAGCACAACUAUAGCUACAACAACCUCAACCAUUGAAGAAACCACGACUAUUCCAACAAUGUUGACAGUCACUACUGAAGAAAUUACGACUAUCCCGAUAAUAAUGACAACUGCUACUGAAGAAAGCACAACUUUAACAACGACAAUCGCCACUACUGAAGAAACAACGACUAUUCCGAUAACAUUGACAACCAUUGAAGAAGUAACUACAGCUAUCCCGACAAUAAUAACAACUACUACUGAAGAAACUACAACUAUUUCGAUAAUACUGACCACUAUUACUGAAGAAAGCACAACUGUAGUUACAACAACCUCAAUUAUUGAAGAAACUACGACUAUUCCAACUAUACUGACAGCUACUACUGAAGAAACUACGACUAUUCCGAUAAUAUUGACAACUAUUGAAGAAGAAAUUACUCUCCCGGUAACAAUGACAACUGCUACUGAAGAAAGUACACCUGUAACAACAACUACUACGGAAGAAACUGCAUUUAUUCCAAUAACAGUGACAACUACUGAAGAAACUACCACUAUUCCAACACUAAUAACUAGUAUUGAAGAAAGUACAAUAACCACAUUUUUACCAACCACUACUGAAGAAAGUACAAUAACCACAUUUUUACCAACCACUACUGAAGAAAGUACAACGACUAUUAUUAUCUCACCAACAAUAGAGCUAACUACUACAGAAUCUAUUGGUGUUUCAACGACUAUGUCUACAAUAAUUUUAACAACAGUAACAGUAACUAGUACUGAAGAAAUAGCGACUACUACUACGGAAAUUUCUGAAUUAACUUCUCCUACCACUACUAUUUUUCCUACAAUGGCUACCAUUGUUACCACUGUUUCACCUACGAUACGUUUAGAUACUACCAGUUUGAUUACAACUGAAGAAGAAACUACUAUAGUAUUAACAACGCCAAUCGUAACUACAGAGUCCACUGCAACUACUGAGCAAUCGACUGAAGGUGUAUUUACAACUAUUUCGCCAACUACAGAAAUGGUGACGUGGACGACUACGCCUGAAAUCGUAAAAAUAACAACAAUAGAAGUAACAACGCCUGAAAUAACAACGGAGUACUUUGAAAUGACAGAAACAUACCAUGACACAGAAUUCGAGGAAGAAUAUAAAGAAGAAUACGAAGAAGAAACAACUGUAGAACUAACAUGGUCCGAGUACGAAGAACUGACAACCGUUAAAUUGAAACCAGAAACAACAACUGUACCUCCAUUGAUAAUUACAACGGAAAAACUUACUACUGUAAUUACUACACCAACACCAACUACGGAAAUUACUGAAAUAACGACAGAAAGUUUCACUACAACUGAAGAAACAACUGAGACUUCGUUUAUUACAAGUGAGAAAACAACAUUUACUACAGAGUCACCAGUUGUAACUACAGAAACAACAAUGUCUAUUGCGCCCGAGAUUACUUCACCAACAUCAACCACAGAAAUUACGACAAUAACAACUGAGACAACCAGUGUCGAAACUAUGGAAGUUACAACAGAGUCUAUAUCAACUGGUGUUGUUACGGAAACAACAGAAACAACUGUUGCAGUAGAAGUUGAAAUUACUUCACAGUUUACUACGGAAGUUACUGAAACAACAACAGUAGUUACUGAAACAACAGAAUCCGCGACUGAAUUAGUGACUACGGAAUCUUUGCCAACAAAUGUAACAACUGAAACAACUGAAAUAACUGCUGAAAUUGAAGUUACAUCACCGCUUACUAUGGAAGUUACUGAAACAACUACAGUUACUGAAACAACCGUGUCUGUGACGGAAUCUGUUACUACAGAAUUUGUACCAGUUAAUGUAACAACUGAAACAACCGAAUUUACAACGGAACUUGUUACGACAGAAUUUGUGGCGGUUAAUGUAACAACUGAAACAACCGAAUUUACAACAGAAUCUAUUACGACAGAAAUUUCACCUGUUGGUGUAACUACUGAAGCAACUGAAACAACGGAAUCUGUUACGACAGAAUUUGUACCGGUUAACGUAACAACGGAAACAACUGAAUUUACAACGGAAUCAAUUACAACAGAAUUUGUGCCGGUUAAUGUAACAGCAGAAACAACUGAAACAACCGAAUCUACAACGGAAUUUAUUACAACAGAAUUUGUGCCGAUUAAUGUAACAACAGAAACAACUGAAACAACAGAAUCCGCAACAGAAUCUGUUACGACAAAAUUCGUGCCGAUUAAUGUAACUAUUGAAACAACUGAAACAACCGAAUCUACAUCAGAAUCUGUUACGACAGAAUUAUUGCCAAUUAACGUAACAAUGGAAGCAACUGAAACAACCGAAUUUACAACGGAGUUUAUUACAACAGAAUUUGUGCCGAUUAAUAUAACAACAGAAACAACUGAAACAACUGAAUCUACAACAGAAUCUGUUACAACAGAAUUUUUGCCAAUUAACGUAACAAUGGAAGCAACUGAAACAACCGAAUUUACAACGGAGUUUAUUACAACAGAAUUUGUGCCGAUUAAUAUAACAACAGAAACAACUGAAACAACUGAAUCUACAACAGAAUCUGUAACAACAGAAUUUUUGCCAAUUAAUGUAACAACUGAAACUACUGAAACAACGUUAUCUGUUGAAGUUACUUCACCAGUAGCAGAAACAACGGAAUCCUCCGAAUUUACAACCGAAUCAGUAACUGCAACGAAUAUAACAGAAGAGACUACAGAAACAACCGUUAGUACAGUAAUUACGUUGUAUACUCCGAUCACUGAAAGUACAACAACAACUGCUGCAACAACAUUUAUUACUGCAGAGCCGCCAGAAUAUACGAUUACGUUUACAACUUUCGCUACCGAAACUGUACCCGUUAAUAUAACUACAGAAACAACCGAAACAACUGAGUCCACGGAGAUGGAAGUAACUUCAUUUACAACAGAAAUCUUAAUAAUGACGACGGAAUCUCCCGUUGUUGAAACUGAAAUAACUGAAUCUGUAACCGAAUUUGAAACUACUGAAUGGUUAGCGAUUACAACCACUGAAACAACUGAAGCAACUGUAUACAUCGUAUCUGAGAUUACUAUGCCGUUGACAACAACAGAGAUGGUAGAAACAACAAUUGAAUCUCCAAUUGUUAGUAUUGAAACAACUGUUGUGACGGAGCUAACAACUGUUACUACAGAGUCGUUGCCUACUCUUUUUACAACUGAAGCAACUGAAACAACUGAAACAACUUUCGUGACGGAGCUAACAAGUAUGACUACAGAGUCGUUGCCUACUCUUUUUACAACGGAAGCAACUGAAACAACUGAAACAACUUUUGUGACGGAGCUAACAAUUAUGACUACAGAGUCGUUGCCUACUCUUUUUACAACUGAAGCAACUGAAACAACUAAAACAACUGUUUCUAUUGAAGUAACAUUCCCCGAAGAGACAUCUACCGAAGAAACUGAACUCAUUACUGAAACAACAGAAGAGUAUGAGGAAGAGUACGAAGAAGAAGAAACUACCGAAGAAGAACCAGAGGUCUACGACUAUGUAGAAAGCACCGAAACAACAUUAACUUCGACCACGGAGAGUCCACUACUCACGACGGAAUUGACAACUGUUGCAAAGUUGCCAACUGUAGAACCACCUAAAACAACUGAAACAACCGUCUCCGUUACAGUCGAAGUAACAACACUGACAACUACAGAAAUAGCAACGGAAACUCCACUUCUUCCGGAAACAACAUUUUCAACAACGGAGCUAACAACUAUGACCACUGAGUACUUACCUGUUAAUCUAACAACAGAAACAACUGAAACAACAUUAUAUGCUGUGACAGAAAUCACUUUAGAAACAACCACAGAAUCUUUACCUGUAUUAAUCACAACAUCAGAAUUUACUGAAUCGACGAUUGAAACUACUAAAUAUUUUACAAUUAAUGCAACAACAGAAACAACCGAAACAACUGAGUCCACGGAGAUGGAAGUAACUUCAUUUACAACAGAAAUCUUAAUAAUGACGACGGAAUCUCCUGUUGUUGAAACUGAAAUAACUGAAUCUGUAACCGAAUUUGAAACUACCGAAUGGUUAGCGAUUAUAACUACUGAAACAACUGAAACAACAGAAACAACUGAAACAGCAGAAAUAACUGAAACAACUGAAACGACUGAAACCGCUGUAACAACUAAAACAACUGAAAUAGCUGAAACAGCUGAAACAACUGAAGCAACCGAAACAGCAGAAACAACUGGAACAACUGAAAUGACUGAAACUGCUGUAACAACUAAAACAACUGAAACCGCUGAAACAACUGAAGCAACCGAAACAGCUGAAACAACUGAAACAACCGAAAGCACUGAAACAACUGUUUCUAUUGAAGAAACAACGUCUACCGAAGAGAUAUCUACCGAGGAAACUGAAGUAAUUCCUGAGACAACAUCAGAAGAGUACGAGGAGGAAUAUGAGGAAGAGUACGAAGAAGAAGAAACUACCGAAGAACUAGAGGUUUAUGAUUAUGAAGAAAGCAACGAAACAACAUUAAGUUCAACAAUGAUUAGUCCACUUGUCACAACGAAAUUGACAACAGUUGCAAAGUUGGUAACUAUAGAAACAACUGAAACAAUUGAAACAACUGAAACUGGAACAACUGAAACAACUGAAACGACUAGGACAACUGAAACAACUGGAACAACAGAAACAAUUGAAACAGUCAAAAUCACUAGAACAACUGAAACAACUGAAGUAACUGGCAUAACUAGAACAACUAGAACAACUGAAACUACUGAAAGUACUGAAAGUACUGAAAGUACUGAAUCAACUGAAACUGGAACUACUGAAAUAACAGAAACUAUUGAAACAGCUGAAGUAACUGGAACAACCGUCUCCAUCGAAACAGCUGAAGUAACUGGAACAACCGUCUCCAUCGAAACAGAAGUAACUUCACCAUCCACUUUAGAAAUUACAGAAUCUCCACUAUCUCCUCCGAAAAUAACAUUAUCAACAACAGGACUAACAACUAUGAGCACAAUAUCAUUCCCAGAAAAUUUCACCAUCGAAACCUCAGAAGUGACCCUUUCCAUAUCAACAUUUUCUCCGGUUCAGUUUACAAGUCUCAGUACGUUUGAAACAACGCCGUUCAUCUAUAUCACACCAUUCGAAACAACAACAAAAUCCUUCGAAAUAACUACAUUCCCCAAAGAGAUAUCUCCCGAAGAAACUGAACUAAUUUUUGAACCAACAUCAGAAGAGUACGAAGAAGAAUACGAAGAAGAGUACGAAGAAGAAGAAACUACAGAAGAGCUUUUCGAUUACGAAGAAAGGAACGAAACAACACUGAGUUCAACUAUGAGUCCGUUCUUCACAACGGAAUUACCCAUCGCAGUGCUUCCACCUGUAGAAACAACUGGAACUACAAUGUUCUUUGAGGUUAACGUCACCACUGCGUCUAUCACCGAAAGCCCUGCAACAACCGAGUGGAGAACAAUUAGUGAAACAACCGAAAGUGUUGUAUUCACAACGGAGAGUACUAGUUUUCAUUUGGAAGUCACAGAGUCUACGGAGUCCACAUCUCGUACACCGAUAAUUGUUGUGGAAACUGUUUCUUCGCCUGAAGUUAUAAUUUCUCCUGAAGUCACAACUUCUGCUUUUGAAAUUACGACACUUUCUUCUGAAAGCACCAUUUCUUCUCCUGAAGUUAUUAUUUCUUCUCCUGAAGUCGUGACAAUUUCUUCACCUGAAGUUGUGACCAUUUCUUCUCCUGAAGUUAUGACAAUUUCUUCUCCUGAAAUGACAAUUUCUUCUCCUGAAAUGACAAUUUCUUCUCCUGAAAUCACAACCAUUUCUUCCCUUGAAGUUACACCUUCUGCUGAACUCACAGUUCCUCCACCAGAAAUUACAAUCUCUCCUCCAGAAUUUACAACUUCACCUGAAGUUACACUCUCUUCUCCUGAACUUACAAUCCCUCCUCCUGAAGUUACAAUUUCCACGCCUGAAAUUACAAUACCCUCUCCAGAGGUUACCAAAAUGUUCACAACACCCGAAUACGCCGAAACAGAAACAAUAUACGACGUAGAAUACGGAAAAGACUACAAAGAAUCCUACGACGAAGAAGAAUACGAAGAAGAAACCACAGAAAUAAUUUCCCCAAUCUGGCAAGACUACGUAGAAGAAAAUGCCACGACUGAAAGCAUCAUUCACGUGGCGGUUACUAUUACAUCAAAAGAAUCAACCAUCACGUCUGCAACAGGAACUCCAACGGCUCUGACGGAAACCUUGGAGCCAGUUAGUAGGGUCAGUUUGACGGUUCAUACAGAAACAACUAUGGAGUCAGUUAGCACAGUCAGUUGGACUGCUGAAAUAACGAAGUUUGAAGUGGAGACAGGUAAUGUGACUUCUACCCUGAAGGAAGGUGUUACAACCUUCACGUACACCCUGCCGUCCACCACCGAGUUCACAACGGAGCAUCUGCCGUUCGACUACUUUGAAACUGAAGAGAGCACUCUGGAAGUUAGUCUAAGUAGUACAGAAAUGGAGAAUCGUACUACAAAAAUGGAGGACCGUACAAAAAUGAUGACCCAUGAAGUUAUUUCGACCACAUACAAAGUGCCUAUGACAACAGACGAGACUCAGAAAAGAACUCGUCACCAGGAGCUGAAAAUAGAGCUGCUGAAGAAGCUCGAAGAGCUAGAGAAGACCAAAGAGGAGUUGCUAACAAAAGAAGAAGAACUGGAAGCAGAAGAAGAGAACUGGGAGCACGAAAAAGCGAGACGGCUAAACGAGACGAUGGAGCGUCGCCUGAAACUGAAAUCCUCAACGCCUGCAAGCGUCACGAGGCCAACAAGGCCUGAAACAACGGUGAGAACUACCAUAAUUACAACACCGGAUAUGCUUGAGCAGGAGGUGAGGAGUUUGGAGAAGAAGUUGGACGACCAGGAGAAGGAUUUGAAGACACGAGAGGAGCGGUUGGAGGAAAGGCGGCGUAGACUGCAGAAGGAGAAAGAGGAGUUCGAGGAAAAGUUGCGGCAGAUGGAGUCUGAGGAGACUCGGUCGACGCCAUCUUUGACGCAGCCGCCACCCGUGGAGACAACGUUCGACAUUCGGGAAACAACAAAGAGAGAAGGCAGUAGCAGAUCCGACCUGCACGUGGAGGAGGAAGAGGAGGAGGAUUACGACACCACGAAGCUGUGCUUUAACGUCCUGAAGAAACCUUUGGGGAAGUACAGCGAACAUGUGGUGACGGAAAGAGUUUGUCUGCCGAAUAAAAUGGGGGGAUCGAUAGAGCAGAGGAUUAAAAUAAACGGUUUAAAUCUGGAAGGACAUGAAUGGACGGAAAGCCCUCAUGGGAGAAAGUCUGUGAGGGAUCGAGUCAAACGCGGUUAUCCGGAAGAUAUCGAUUGUGAAGUAAACGAGGGAGAUCCUGAACAGACACGAGUGAAUGAAGUUAUUGCGAUGUAUGACAAUUUUAGUUACACGUUCGUGAACGAAUAUGUCACCCAGUCGCUGCGAAAUGAGGAAGAUAGGUACAGGAAGAGAUCCAUUUUGGGAGCUGAUGAAAGUAGCGAAGACAGUGAAUGGAAUGACUGCGAAGCAAAAAAUGUGGACGAGGAAAAUGUCUUGCAGUGGCCUACUGAGAGUACGAUUUCGAUGGAGGAGUAUUUUGUUACCAGAAAAUUUGAGAUAUGUAUAGGAAACGAUUAUGGUGAACAUGAAGGAAGUCAUGUAGUGAAAAGAAGUCAAGAUUUGAUUGAUGACGAUGAAAGUGUUGAGGCAGUCUCGGAGUAUGAAAACGUUCUGGAUACUUUGGAUACUUUAGCUGAUGAGGAUGUAACACGAAAUAUAAAGACUACGAGUAGAGCUUCUGAAGAUGACGACGAGGAUGAGGACUCGAAAACUACUAGAGUCAAAGUGAAGAAGAAACCUGGUCCAGAAUGGCCAACCGAGGCUUUCACAGCGUAUCACAUAGGUGGCACCAAAACGUGGACCUUGGAAUUCCCUGAAAUUGUAUUAGAAAAACCAGAACAGAAAGAAACUACCGAAGAAGACAGUGAAAAAGACAAUCCAACAACUUGUUAUCUCGUUCUCGUUAACGGUAAAGAAACGAUUGAAACCGCAAAAAAAAAUUACGUCGACAAAAUACCUGAGAAUGACUUUGAAUCGUCUUUGAAGAAAUACGUUGCAGAAAACGAUGAUGAGUAUUUGAGAAAUAGGUAA